AUGUCUGAGACUUACACCCCCGAAGUUCUCUGGGCCCAGCGCUCGUCCACGGUCGACGCCUCCAAGAACUUCAUCUACCUGACCAUCAUCGUCCCCGAUGUGCCCAAGGACAAGUUCCAGCUGGAGUUGAAGCCUACCGGUCUGACCUUCACCGGCUACUCGAACACACUGAAGCGGACGUACCACCUUGCUCUGGAACUCUACGGCGAGAUCGAUGAGGCUGCCAGCCAGGUCAACCACACAAACCGUGACGUAUCGCUGAAGCUUAUCAAGAAGGAACUGAAGGAGGAGUACUGGCCACGGCUGCUCAAGGAGUCUAAGAAACUGCAUUUCCUCAAGACUGAUUUCGACAAGUGGGUCGACGAGGAUGAGCAGAACGAGGCUGCCGACGAGGAUUUCUCCAACUUUGGCGGUAUGCCCGGCGGCAUGGGCGGUGGCAUGCCCGGUAUGGGUGGAAUGGGCGGCAUGGGCGGCAUGGGCGGCAUGGGCGGUAUGGGCGGUAUGGGCGGAAUGCCAGGUAUGGGUGGUGACUUUGGCGGCAUCGACUUCUCCAAGCUGGGCGGCGGCAGCGGAGAUCUUCCCGACGACGAGGAUGACGAGGAUGAUAUGCCCGCCCUGGAGGGUGAGGAGGAGGAGGCCGAUGAGGAAAUCACCCCAGACGCCAAGGCAACAGAGGGUGCGGUGAAGGCCACGGAGGCAUAA